AUGGACAAGAUAAAUGUCGAGCAAAUGCUGGCUAUUGAGGAGCCCUUCAUGAAGGUGCCGUUGGAGCAGCUGAAGCGGGCAGUGCGGCAGUCGCAGAAGCAGGCAGAGCGGGACACAAAGGAUGUGAGCUCGACAGUAAGCAGCCUGAUAAAGCGGUCAGGCAGCGCGGAGGCCGGGGACAUCAACGGGGCUCUGGACGGAAUGAUAGACAGACUGAAAACCCUGAAGCGCAAGCUGGAGGUGGUCAAGCAGGAGGAGGCAUUGCUCAUCCAGCGGUCAAAGCAGCGGGCCAUGCAGCUCAACGAGCUCAGCACAUUCACGUCAUCAACACAGCCCGAGUUUGAGCGGUGGUGUCGGACACGGCUCGACCGCGUGCUGAUAGACUACAUGCUGCGCAGCGGCCACACAUCGACAGCACAGCAGCUGAUAGACAGCAAUGGCCUGGAGCAUUUCGCUGACUCGUCGCUAUUUACACUGGUGAUGCGGAUUGAGCGGGACCUGAAGGAGCAGCACCUGUGCCGGAGCACGCUGCAGUGGUGUGCCGACAACCGCAGUGCGCUGCGCAAGAUUGAUAGCUCGCUAGAGUUUGAGCUGCGCCUGCAAGAGUAUAUCGAGUUAAUCAGGGCGCGCAACACUGCAGAGGCCAUCGUCUAUGCCAAAAAGCACCUGGUGGCAUGGUCAGAGACCCAGAUGCCUCGCAUCCAGCGUGCCAUGACAUUGCUGGCGUUCCCGCCCGACACCCCAUGCCCGCCGUACAGGGCCAUGUUUGAUAUUGGCCGGUGGGACACCCUGGCGCAGGAGUUCCGCAUGGUGAUAUUCCAGCUCCACCACCUGCCAUCUCAGCCGCUGCUGCACUUGCUACUGCAAACAGGGCUCUCGGCACUCAAAACACCGGCUUGCAUCUCGGACGACGACGCCGAGCACAACCGCAACUGCCCCGUGUGUCAGCGCGACACCCUGGGCAAGCUGGCCCAGGACCUGCCGCUCAGCCACCAUGUCAACUCGAAUCUGGUCUGCCGCAUCACCGGCGAGAACAUGAACGAGGACAACCCGCCCAUGCGUCUGCCCAAUGGCUAUGUGUACUCGUUCAACUCGCUCAACGAGAUGGCUGCCAACAACAGCGGCAAGGUCAAGUGCCCACGUACCAGCGAAACAUUCGGUCUGGCCGAGUGCAAGAAGCUGUUCAUCAGCUAG